UUACCAUCACUCACUCGACACACACUACCACCUUGUUGUCGCGCGUGUUCAACGUUUGGUAGCAGACGUCAGGAAACAGACAACGCCUUGCGUACCUCAGAUAUGCAGAUGCCUCUGUGCUCUACAUUUGAGGGAAAGUGAUCCUGUGCAUGAGGAACGUGGACCUCAGAGUUCUUAGAUUUACUCUUCAUGUGCUCACAGCAAGUUCAGGGAACUGUCUCCUGCCACUGGCAUAAAUGAAGUGCCUUACUGAGAGAAGCACUGCCAGGAAUCACGCAGAAUGUCUUGGGUCAGUAGCUUUUUAGUUACCACCAGGGUGGACAACCAUGAGACGGCGUGGGGUGAGCGCAAUGGGAAAAAGUCCCGGCGAAAAGGCGGCUCGUUGCUCUGUAACCCACGCUACAUGAGCUGCCUGCGGGACCCAGAGGCCAUGGAGACCCCUGCCCAGCCCCUGCAGCAGUACCCCCGACCAGGAGUGGGCACCAGCAACUUCAGUACACGAUGUGUCUGGCAGGAAGACCACUACGGGAAGAAGGGCAAUGUGGGGCUGAGGGCGGUGGACCUGGGCUUCGAGGAUGGCGAUGCAAAAACAGGGAAAGGGACAGAGGAGGGAGGAGGGGAGGCAGAGGGGGGAAGGGGAAGGGGAGCGGGAAGGGCGGUGCUGGAUUGCUUAAUGAGGGUCGCCCAGGUUUUUCAGUCCAAGAAGUUCCAGUCGGCUAAGCUGGAGCGCCUGUACCAGCGAUACUUCUUCCGCCUUAACCAGAGCUCCCUGACCAUGCUGAUGGGCGUACUGGUUAUCGUGUGUGGGAUCAUGCUGGCUUUCCACUGUGUCCACGGAGCCCCCAACGUGGCCUAUGUCACCGUCCUGUCUGUUGCCAUGGCUCUGUUCUUGGCCCUGAUGGUGGUGUGUAACAGGAACGGUUUCCACCAGGACUACAUGUGGAUAGUCAGUUACCUGGUGAUUGGGGUGUUAGUGGUGGUUCAGGUGUUGGGGGUACUGAUGGUGACACCCCGCAGUGCAUCCGAAGGGAUCUGGUGGUCCGUGUUCUUCAUCUACAUCAUCUACACCCUGCUGCCCGUGAGAAUGAGGGCUGCUGUAUUAAGCGGGACGGUGUUUUCCUCCAUCCACCUCAUCACAGCGUGGCGACUCAACCAUGAGGACAGCUUCCUCUGGAAACAGUUGAGUGCCAAUGCGCUCAUUUUCCUGUGCACCAACAUCAUUGGGAUCUGCACACACUACCCGGCGGAGGUGUCUCAGAGACAGGCCUUCCAGGAGACCAGGGGUUACAUCCAGGCCAGACUACAUCUGCAGAGAGAGAACCAGCAGCAGGAACGCCUUCUGCUGUCAGUGUUGCCAAGGCAUGUUGCCAUGGAGAUGAAGGCAGACAUCAAUGCCAAAAAAGAAGAUAUGAUGUUCCACAAGAUCUACAUCCAAAAACAUGACAAUGUCAGCAUUCUGUUUGCGGACAUUGAGGGUUUCACCAGCUUGGCCUCGCAGUGCACUGCCCAGGAGCUAGUGAUGACGCUAAAUGAGCUCUUUGCCCGCUUUGAUAAAUUAGCAUGGGAGAACCACUGUCUGAGGAUUAAGAUCCUGGGUGACUGUUACUACUGUGUGUCUGGACUCCCAGAGCCACGGGCAGACCACGCCCACUGCUGUGUGGAGAUGGGAGUGGACAUGAUUGAAGCCAUUUCUUUGGUACGGGAGGUCACAGGGGUGAACGUGAACAUGCGAGUGGGCAUCCAUAGCGGGCGUGUCCACUGCGGAGUGCUGGGUCUGCGGAAGUGGCAGUUUGAUGUCUGGUCCAACGACGUGACUCUGGCCAACCAGAUGGAAGCUGGUGGCAAAGCAGGUCGUAUUCACAUCACUAAAGCCACACUGCAGUAUCUGAAUGGAGACUAUGAGGUGGAGCCAGGCUUCGGAGGCGAGAGAAACGCGUACCUCAAAGACAACAACAUCGAGACCUUUCUAGUGCUGGGCUGCAGCCAGAAAAGGAAAGAGGAGAAAGCCAUGAUGGCGAAGAUGCAACAGACCAGAGCCAACUCAUCUGAAGGUCUGAUGCCGCGCUGGGUUCCUGACAGAUCCUUCUCCAGGACCAAGGAUUCCAAAGUCUUCAGAAAGAUGGGUAUUGAUGCAGCGUCCAGUAAAGAAAAUCGCUGUGCUCAGGAAGCAAUGAAUCCAGAAGACGAGGUGGACGAGUUUUUAGGACGUGCCAUAGACGCUCGCAGUAUUGACCAGCUACGCAAAGACCACGUCAAAAAAUUCCUGCUCACCUUCCAGAGCUCCAGUUUGGAGAAAAAGUACUCUAAGAGGGUGGACGAUCGCUUUGGCAGUUGUGUGGCCUGCACUUUGCUGGUCUUCUGCUUCAUCUGUUUCAUUCAAACUAUUGUCUUCCCACACACAUCCUUGAUGCUGGGCAUUUUUAUCAGUAUUUUCAUUGUUCUUGCCAACAUCGUCUUCAUCUGUGCCAUAUACUCCUGUAUUAAGCUCUUCCCAGUGGCCUUGCAGACAGUGUCAAGGAGAAUUGUACAGUCUCGAACUAACAGCACUCUCGUAGGAGUCCUCACCAUUCUGCUGCUCUUCAUCUCUGCCUUUGUCAACAUGUUUACCUGUGACCGUCAAGGUCUAAUUGAAUGUGUUGCUGAAGACCUGAAUGUAUCUGAGAGCUCAGUUACAUUGUGUCUGUUGCACAACCUGACUCAGACAGCAGAGGGCGACCUCGUGCUGUGUCCUGACCAGACCUUCCCGUGCCCUUUCCCUGAGUAUUUCACCUACAGCGUUCUCCUCACUCUGCUGGCGUGCUCUGUGUUCCUACACAUCAGCAGCAUAGGCAAACUGGCCCUGAUGCUGCUCAUCCACAUCGUCUUCCUGCUGCUGGUGGAGUGGCCGCAGGUGGCUCUGCUGGACAACGCUGACCUGCUGGUUACCGCUAAUGCCCUUCGAGCUUGUCUAAAAGGUUUUGAAAAUCUCUCUCUCUCCCUGUGUCUCUGUCUCUGCAGCCAGCUGAAUGUGACCAAAGUAUCUCUGCGGCUGAUGACUCCCGUUAUUCUCAUGGUUUUCGUGCUGGCGCUUUACCUGCACGCUCAACAGGUGGAGUCAACCGCACGACUCGACUUCCUGUGGAAGCUUCAGGCUACGGAGGAGAAGGAGGAGAUGGAGGAACUCCAGGCCUACAACCGUCGUUUGCUCCACAACAUCCUGCCCAAAGACGUGGCCGCUCACUUCCUGGCCCGUGAGCGGCGGAACGAUGAGCUGUACUACCAGUCGUGUGAAUGUGUGUGUGUCAUGUUCGCCUCCAUCAGCAACUUCUCUGAGUUCUACGUGGAGCUAGAGGCCAACAACGAAGGCGUGGAGUGUCUGAGACUGCUCAAUGAGAUCAUCGCUGACUUUGAUGAGAUCAUCAGCGAAGAACACUUCAGGCAGCUGGAGAAGAUUAAGACUAUAGGCAGUACCUACAUGGCAGCAUCCGGUCUGAAUGACUCCACUUACGACAAAGAGGGUCGUUCACACAUCCUAGCGCUGGCUGACUACGCCAUGAGACUGCGUGAACAGAUGAAGUACAUCAACGAGCACUCCUUCAACAAUUUCCAGAUGAAGAUUGGUCUGAACAUCGGGCCAGUAGUUGCCGGGGUUAUCGGGGCCAGAAAGCCACAAUAUGACAUUUGGGGAAACACAGUAAAUGUCGCAAGUCGCAUGGACAGCACCGGGGUACCUGAUCGCAUCCAGGUGACCACAGACCUGUAUCAUGUACUAUCCAACAGAGGGUACCAGCUGGAGUGCCGUGGACUGGUCAGAGUGAAGGGCAAAGGAGACAUGACCACUUACUUCCUCAACAGUGGCCCCCCUGGGAGUUAACACUGAGGAAAGUGCCACUGACUGCACUGAAAGAGAGAGUAAGAGAAUGACCUCAAGUCUGAGAGGAGUCAGGGCCUUGACUGUGAGUGUGUUGGAGGAAAACCGCUCACACAGGGCUUCCCUGUUGUGAGGUUCUGUGGUCUUGUGCAGUAUUUAGUAUAUGCAUAUAUGGAGGACAAACUUCUCAUUUUGAGGUACGCACAAGUUACUUGAAAGCUAAAAAAAAAAUAAAAAUGAUGAAGACCUUUUGCCUUAGAGGGAAACACUUUCUUUUAUUGUACCAACAAAUAUAUAUAUGUGUGUGUGUAUAUAUAUACACAUACGACAACUUCUACGUCAAAUUGUGGAUUCCUUAUUUAAUUUAAAGGAGACUUUGUGAAUCACUUGCGUAAGGAACUAUGCAAGGAUGAAAAGCUAGGAUUAAAAUGACCAAAGAAGAAAUGUUUAAUGCAAAGGAGCACCAAGUGACUGCUAACAAUCAUGAACAAAUGUCAGCUGACCACCCGAUCUGUCUGUUUGUGUCAUUCUCCACAACAAAGACCACAUUCUUUGACAGGCACUAUAAGACUUUCCUUUAUAUUGUUUGUUACAAACCAUGAAGAAGAACAAGGACGUUAGUCUUUGGAUGGAGAAUGGCUUCACAGAUAGGGAGAAGCCUGGAAUUUGAUUAUUUUUCUGAUCAAAUGCCUCUUUUUUCCUUUUUUGAGGAAGUAUUUUUGGUAUACCUGAAGAAAUGCAGAUGAAGGACAAGCAAUGGCAUUCGAUACCAUAGGACUAGUGCUAACACUCUCUGUUUUGUUUUGUCUUAGGUUAUUUCUUUUAUUUUUUUCCUAAGAAUUGUGUGUG